AAGAAGGAAAAAAAAGACGAACGCCAUAACAGAGGAGACCUUCCAACAGUUGCGAUCGUACGGGUCUGCUCGAGUGGUUGUCAUUUUCAAGAGCUCUCUCUCUCUCUGAUUUUGUUUUGUUUCCGCCUAUUGCGAGGGCAAAACAAAUUAUUUUUUCCCGUUCUUAGUUUGAUUGAUUUGCGCGUUCUAGAAAUCAAACGUUUCAUUUGCUAAACAAGCUGUGAAAUACAGUGAGCAAGAAAUGGUUGCUCCCAUGCUCCUCACUGGAUUCGUUUUGAUUGCGUGCAUCCGCGCCGCUACCAUCGGAGACGGACGGACGAGUUUGAUCGACGGAAGACCUAUCGAUUAUCGAUCGUCCGGCAGUUGCACCGUAGGAGGCCAAACGUAUUUAUCAGAAACAUCCGUACCACGUGACCACCCUUGCCAUUACUGUAUCUGCUACGGUGGCAAAAUCGACUGCUUCUGGAAACAGUGUGCACACAUUCCCGAUGGAUGCCAAGUGAUGGCCUUCCAGGAUACCUGCAAUCCCUCGCUUUACAUAUGCGACAUUCCGGAGAAGGCUCGUGAAGCCCCAAUCUACGCACCGCCUCUAGCCGUUCGUCAACCGCCGACGUUGCAAUCGUUACCAUCAACAAAAGUCUACACGGCGACGAGCCAGUCCACGACGUCAUCACCUCGGCCGCGGCUAACUCAGCCGUCGACGAUCGUGCAAACCUACGCCAAGCCGGAGGUGGUUCCUCCUUCGCGACAUCUCGUCCCGCCGGCCCGCCAACCGAUCGAGCCACCAUCACGUCAUUUAACUCCGCCUCUGCCAUCGGCUGUUGGUCCGCAAAAAAAAUCCAUUUGGCCUCAACAAGUCGAACGACAACGACGCCCCGUUGAUGAGAUUGCAAACAAACAGCCGGCGCAAUUCGGAUUAGGAAUGAAGAAUAAAAUGCGGUUCAGUCGGUCGCUGGCCGACGUUGGAUCCGUUCUCGAAACCAUGUUGCCGCAUAACAUCCAAGAAGAAUUCCCGUUGAAUUUCGACCAAGAAUUCGUGGUUCGUUUGGUCGAACGGCAAAUCCGCUCAAAGCGAUCAAUCAACAACUCGGCAAGUGGCAAUCACCACCAUCACCACCAUCACGACCAUCACGAAGAGGAUCGCGGUUGCACAAUCCUCGGCAUUCAUUACCAACUCGGCGAAGUAAUCGGUGUGGCCACCGAUGUUUGCCGCGAAUGCAGAUGCGCCGCACAGUCUCUCUUUUGUUCGCCAAAGUGCUGCUUCAAACCUGCGCCCCUUCAGCAGGUGACGGGAGAUUUCGUUCGCGUCUUGGAGCAGAGCCCCGCACCCGCCUCGGGAUUAGAAGCUCCGCGACAUCCACUUCAUUACAUCAAGAGCGAGUUCGCUUAAAUUGCUGCGAGGGAAAGAAAAAGCGUCUCAAGAGUCAUCUACUGGCAACAAUGCACACGACGACAACGUGAAGGGGAAUCUCGGGAUUUUGCGGCGACGAUGCACAACGGGAGCGCGAUAAACGUCCCAAAAUUCUUAGUUCCAAUGUACCAAUAUGUUAAACUGUCUUUCCUUCUUUCUACUAUUUUCUCAACUUUUUUUUUGCGUUGUGCGAACAACGUUGCUGCCUCGUGCCAUUCAAUUAUUUUGCAAAAAAACGCGACAUCGGAAAAAUCGAAUUCAUCGGAUACGUGUUUGAAAGUUGUAACAAUAAACGAUUUAUAAUGAAAAA